AUGUCUAAUACUGAUCAUCAUGGUAUUGAUUGGUGGAGGGUCAAGCAUCGCUCAGAUGCAUCCGUUGAUUUCCUCGCUGGUUUGGUUCUUUGCUGGGAAGGCCAGCCCUUGGUCCAUGUACAAGAUGAUCAUGGCCAUUACGUUCCCACCGAAGGUGCAAAACCAAAACUGAUUCUUGGACAGAUUAGGAAGGAGACUCGCCAGUAUGGGUUGGACAGGCCCCCAGUGGAAGUGCUACGUAUGUAUCUCAUUGAUGGCUCGCAGAAUUGUUGCAAGGCUAUCACCAACAGCAAUCUCACAAAACAUUUGCUGAAGGAUCGUCUCCUCUAUCCGGGAGCAACAAUCACUCUUGAAGAUUAUGGUCUCAGCCGUCUGAAUCCUCAGAAUGGGAAUCAAUUCAAGGGUGUUAUCCUUAUCAACAAAUUCACUUGGGCUGCCGCGCCAACUGGCAUGGUUGUUGACUAUAGUUCAGAUGAUACAGAUGAUGAUGACGAUGAUGCUAUGGAGCGCCCUCAUAGGAUGAGAAGCUUUCCUCUUAGCCGAAUCACCCUGUCAACCUUCCAUCCCCACAUACUCUGCCGUCUCCAGGAGAAUAUGAUUACUUGGACCAGCCAGGUGUGCGAGUAUGAUCCAGUCACUGAUGUCGGCUUUGUCUACAACGGCCUACUCACCCAAGGACAGUUGAGAAGAGGUAUCCACAUUGAGUCUGAUGUGACACGCAAUGAGUGGAAGGCCAUGAUGAACUGCCGGUAUUAUGGCAGUGGUGAUCCCUUCUAUGGAUUGACUUCGGAAGAUAGCGAGGGUGAUGCCGGCAACAAGUGCGAGUGUGUCACGAGGUUUGGCCUUUCCAGUUGUGCUCUCACAAUGUUUCCCUUGGAAAAUUUUGACACUGAUUACAUGUUUGAAGCAGUCACUUUCUUUUUCAAAGAACAACAUGCGGAUGACUUCGAGUCACUUCCACAGGGGAAGAGGAGGUUUGUCUUCUAUUUUUGGUUCGCAACCAACCCAUUGCAGAUCAAAAGGAGACGCAGACAGCUGCCACCUUGCAUCACCGAUGCUGUCAGGAAGAUGUUCCCGGAUGCUCCUGGUGUUGAGCCCACUGGAUACAUCGAAACCGGUGCCGGCAAUGAUGAGAACAAUGGUCCUGUACCUGACCACAAGUGGCUCAAGAAACUCCAGGAACGUUCUCUCCGCUCAAAGUUUCCUUUGGAUACUUAUUCCCCUGGUCAGGUGGUGUCCCAAGAUGGUCAUGAUACUGUCAAGUCCCAAGAUACUUCAACGGUCAAAGGAAAGAAAGAGGAAGAGGCUUCCCCGGAACUACAGGUAGUGAAGGUAGUGACCAAGUCUUGUGCCAGCAGUAGUGAAGACAAGAAGCCUCUUUACACGCCUUUCGCUCGCAUGUCAACAUCAGGCAAGGCUCCUCCGUACAAACCAGCCACUGAGGCAAAGAAAAGGAAGUGCAAAAGUCGCUAUCAGAAGAAGAGAGACAUUGAGAGAAUCCGUAUGAUUGGAUUGAAGCACGAGGAUGCUCAUACGUAUUACUGUCAAGAGUCAAGCAGCUGUGCCAGUAGCAGCGAUGACAAAUGA